UGACGAUACUGGAAUUACUUCUGAUGAUUUGGAUAUGGAGGACGUUCCAGAGCUACUUGAUCAGCCAGAAGUAAAUCUGGAUUCACUCUUUCCUCCACUUGAGCCACAACAGGAGUGCCGCCCCGACGUACGGCAGUCACCAUUAUCCACAGAGCUGGGAAAUGAUCCAAACACCAAUGUCUAUUACAGUGAAUGCAGUAAGUGGCAAUGUGCAUUAGGGACUGAUGAUUCAUAUCUUAGACAUCUGAAAAGAAUUUCAACCAAUGAUCAUGAGAAACCAGUUAGACAUGCUAUGGCUAAGUUUCAAAAUCGAGCUACAGCUCGUACGAUUUUGGAGGUGCAUCCUCAAACCGAAGAUUCUGCAGAACUCGGUGAUGCUCUGCAUUAUAAUGAAUGUAGUGAGCUUCAAUCUCCAUUUGUGGACAAUGAUUCAUCUCUUACAGAGUUUUUGAAUACAUGUAUUGCUGACGAGGAUUAUUACUCCUCUGAAGAAUCAGCACUGAUUCCUUCCAAAGACUCCAACCUAGCUACUAAAGUUAUAAGGAAGGGUCAGUGAUGGGAGUAGUGGAGUAAGAGGCGAUACAAACACUGAAGUAGUCCAUGAAGGUGGUGAACCACAAUAUCAAAGCAGGCGUUGUGAACCACAAGAGGUCCGAUAAG